CCGAAUUCAGAUCGGUGAAAGGAUAUUAAAAAUUUCGAAAAGAAAAGUUAAGCAGGUAUUUUGUCUGUCUUUUAAUAAAUAGGUGAGGACGUAAGGAAUGCACUAGCCUCCUCUGUUUGAGGAUGGCGUUUUUCAACUUGUUCAGGAUGGAGAAACGGUCAAAAUAUUUCUGCAUAGGGGUUUUCACUGCUUCGUUGACUUGGAGUGUGAGUAUUUACCUAGUCUACCUGAUAAAUUCAGAGAUCGGUCAGAAUUCGCAGUCUGUGUCUCAUUUCACUUCCCACACGCCUUACAGUAACGAUGUUGUCAUUCCGUAUGAAGAGGAUCCUUCGAAACGUUUGAGGGCAAAAAAGAAGUACUUCGGCCCUGGAGUUAACGAACUUCAUCACAUCGCGGUGAAGCAGAAUUUGAAGCCUGUACUCGUGAAACAGAACGAAAAGGAAGAAAUCAACGAAGCUGCUCUCGUGAGGAAUCAGGCCGAUCUGAAGUUCAGGGACGAAGGAUAUCGCAUGCAUGGUUUCAAUGCCCUUGCUAGCAAGAAUCUAGACUACCACCGAGCCAUACCAGACACUAGGAAUCAAUUGUGCAAAAACAAAACUUAUUCAAAUUUACCUAAUGCCAGUGUUGUGAUUUGCUUUUACAAUGAACAGUUUGACACGCUUGUCAGAACGUUGCAUAGCAUUUUGGACAGAACACCAGAGCAUCUCUUGCAUGAGAUUAUACUUGUCAACGAUAACAGCACGAUAGACGGGCUGUAUGACACGGUCAAAUUGUACAUCCAAGCAAAUUUAAAUAAAAAAGUCAAACUGUUCAGUACAAGUGUGCGUGAAGGAUUAAUUAGAGCAAGGAUUUUUGGAUCCAACCUGGCCAGUGGAGAAGUGCUUAUAUUUUUGGACAGUCAUGUUGAAGUCAAUACCGUUUGGAUUGAGCCAUUGCUGGAGAGGGUGGCUGGCAAUAGAAAGAGGGUUGUCACGCCAAUCAUUGACAUCAUCAAUGCUGAUACGUUUGAAUACUCUGCGUCUCCUAUCGUACGAGGAGGUUUCAACUGGGGGUUGCAUUUUGAAUGGGUUAACAUUCCUGUUGGGUCUCUUUCCACUGAAGAAGAUUUUGUCAAGCCCAUUAGUUCACCGACCAUGGCCGGAGGGCUUUUUGCCAUGGACAGGCAGUACUUCAACACACUCGGGAAAUACGAUCCAGGGAUGAAUAUAUGGGGUGGAGAAAAUAUAGAAAUCUCCUUUAGGAUAUGGAUGUGUGGAGGUACAAUAGAAAUUAUACCUUGUUCAAGGAUAGGUCAUGUAUUUAGAAAACGGAGGCCUUACGGAUCACCCGAUGGCGAAGAUACCAUGCUCCGCAAUUCGCUGCGAGUGGCUCAUGUUUGGAUGGAUGAGUACAAAGAGCAUUAUUUAAAACAAAAACCUGAAGCAAAAAAUGUCCCAUACGGAGACGUUUCAGAUAGAAUACUUCUUAAAAAAAACCUUAACUGUAAAUCUUUCUCUUGGUACCUUAAAAACGUGUAUCCAGAAUUGACUUUACCUUCUGACUCAAAAGCAGUUGCAGAAGUGAAAUCAAAAUCUGUUUAUCAAAGUAAAUAUUCACGUAACAACAACUAUUUAGGGCAUUAUCAGAUACGUUUGAGCAGAACAAAUCUCUGCAUGGCUUCUGAAAAGGAUGUCAAGGUCAAGGGAUCACGCCUUAUCCUCAAAACCUGUCUACGUGUAAAAAACCAAAUUUGGUCCGAGACGCCUAAAGGGGAACUGCGGCUUGCUCAGUACCUCUGCCUCGAUGCCGAAAAACAAGAGCCGCGGCUCGCCAAAUGCCACGAAAUGGGAGGCAAUCAAGAAUGGAAACACAGGUAUUCUACAAAAAUGCCUAUUUACAACAUCGCCGCAGGCACUUGCCUUGCGGUUGCAGAAGUCAGAUUGAACAGCCAUAUUAUACUUGAUAUCUGUUCAUCAAAUGAUGAAUCACAAUGGGACUUCAUCCCAGUACCCAGCUAACCAUUGGUACAUGUUCUUUAGUGUACUUUGUUAUUCAAAAUAUUCUAUAUUUCAUGCAGAAAUUAUCAUGAUAUAAUAGGUAUAUUUAUAUUACUCAUAAUACUUUUAAUCUUCAAUUUGUAAAUAGGUUUUUAAUAAUUUAUUUUAAUUUUUUUAAGUUGGAAAUUAAGUUUAAUUUACCCUAAAUUAGCAGUGUAUAAAAUAAUUUAAAAAUUUUCACACUAAUGAAAUAAAACCUGUUUUCCAAAUAAAUCAAUCCUGUGAAUAAUUAAUACCAAAGACUGAAAAAUGCUAGGAAUCACGGAAAUUGGGUGUGCAUAUUUGCAUGAAAUGUUAAACUUUUGAUAUUCAAUUGAUUAUUGUACAAUGUAAGCAUUUUAAUAAGUAAAUUAUUGAUUUAAGCACAUUGGAAAUUUAAAAUUUAUGUUUUUGCUAUGCCAAUCUCUAUUCGAAUGUUUUAGUAACUGCAAAAUUUAACCAGUAAUCAUUUUAUGUUUAAUAAUUCAGAGUUAAAAUAUUUAUUAUUAAUGUAGUUGCAACAGAUUAUUCCAAUUAGGAAAACUUUCUAGUUAAAAAAACUUCCAUUAUGAUUCAAAGGAGAAAAUGGGCCUAUUUCUAAGGCUGUGUGAAAACAUGCCAAAAAUCUAUGGCACUAAUUUUUAUUUUUCUAAAUUAUUUUUACAAAUCCAUUAUAAUAAUGGGUACGUAGGCAAGACAAGUAUAAAAGUUUUAAAACAAAAUCAUGUUGUGAUAUUUUUUUAUAAUAGAGCAGUUAUUAUCAUAUUUCCUAAUGAGCCUUGUUCAAAUGUAAUUUUAUUAAAAUAAUUCUGUAGCCAAUUAAAAGAUCACCAGCCAAAUAAAACAAUAAACCUGUAAAUGUUUGUGGUGUGAUAUAAAAAUAUUUUUGUGCCUGUUUAAGAUCUGAACAUUCCAAAGCCAAAAUUUUCUAGUCAGUAUCCUGUAUCCACCAACCUACUUCUUCAAAUUCUGUUGUUUUUUUUUUUUUUGUUUUAAAUAUUUCUUGGUGUUUCCCAAUAAUUCCAAUUAAUCAUUGUAGCAAAAGUAAGGAGUUAGCAAAGUUCUUGUGAUCUUUAAUGAAAUAUUAUAAACACUUUGGAAUCGUAAACUAAGUGAAGAAUGGUAAAUCGUUGCAUAUUGUGUUCAGAUAUUGUUUUUAUCAAAUUGUUUUAAAAAUAUACAAUUUCUUUUCAGUAUUCUUUGUUAAUUGUUAAUUAAACUUGGCUGUGAAGUUAUUUAUAAUUUAAUAAAACAAUGUAAUAUUCCAUCCUCUUAUUAUUGAUUCUCAGUUUUAAAGACUUAUUUGUACGUAUGUAAUUUAAAUUUUUUGUAAUAUUGGUCUUGAAUUUAAUU